AUGGCAUCGUUCAUCAAAACCUCCAACGCAGACUCACUUGAGGGAACGGGGGUUCCAGAGAUCUUACAAUUUGCAGCGGAAGCUUUUCGGUUCGCCGUUCCAUCGUUUGUGGGUAGUAUAAAUUGGGGUCGAUCAUGUGUUGGCGAGUCACCGGAGAAGGAGGGGAAGGAAGUCAAUGAUUUAUCUGAAAUCGAUGAUGCAGAACUCGAUAUUUGCGAAGCAAGUCUUCGUGACUUUCCGCGUACUGUUUGCGAUCGGUGA